AAGUGUGCACUUUCUAACGCGAAGCCGUUUGGGAUGCAGCUGCUAAGUUUCAUUCAUGCUAGCCGGUUCAGUGUGUAUUUGCUAGUGCAACGCAGGAAGGAAAGUGCCAUGUCUCGGUCGAACGCCACCUCUCAGAAACCGAACAUGAAUCCAUCGAAGCAGUCUGGUUCAAAAAAAGCCAGAGGGCUGAAAGACAUCAGGAUCGAUGAAGAGGUUAAAAUUGCGGUGAACAUUGCGCUGGAGAAAUUCCAGUACAGCGACCAGAGAGAGAUGGAGUUUCCUUCUUCACUGACCAGCACAGAGAGAGCGUUCAUACAUCACCUUGCACAAUCCCUGGGUUACAUUUCAAAAAGUAAAGGUAAAGGAAUACACCGCUUCCUCACGAUAUGGAAGAAGGACCGUCCAGAGGCAGCGCAGUCCAUUAUGACCUUCAGCCUUACCAACAAUUCCAAGCACGUGGUCCGAAACCUGCUGCAAAGGUUCCCUAUAACUAGUAAAGAGCGCGCUGAUCUGCUCCAACGCACUGAGAGAGGGCUCGCUGUUUCUCCAGAAGCUGCUGAUAAUGGACGAGACAAGAACAGGACGAGCGGGCGGCUGAGUAAUGGCAUCCCUCAGGUCCCUCAGAGGAGAGGUCCGUCUGAGCUGGAGUGUUUUCGGAGAACGCUGCCUGUGUACGAGCGGCAGGAGGAGAUCGUGGCGACCAUCGAGGAGAACCAGGUGGUGCUGAUCGUGGGUGAAACGGGUUCAGGGAAAACCACCCAGAUUCCUCAGUUCCUGAUGGACGACUGCAGCCAGAAAGGAAAUCCCUGCCGGAUCUUCUGUACGCAGCCCAGGAGGCUGGCAGCCAUCGCUGUGGCGGAGAGAGUGGCGGCCGAGAGAGGAGAGCGCGUCGGCCAGGCCAUCGGCUACCAGAUCCGCCUGGAGAGCAGAGUUUCUCCCAGGACCUUACUGACCUUUUGCACGAGUGGCGUGCUGCUCAGAACGCUCAUGGCUGGAGACGCCGUCCUCUCCAGCGUCACACACAUCAUUGUGGACGAGGUCCAUGAGCGGGACGGCCUGACGGAUUUCCUCCUCACCAAGCUGCGGGACGUGCUGCAGAAGAUGCCUUCUCUGAAGCUCAUUCUCUCUAGUGCUGCCCUGGAUGUGGAUCUUUUCACCAGAUACUUUGGCCCUUGCCCGAUUAUUUACAUCAAAGGACGGCCGUACGACGUCAAAGCGCUUUUUCUGGAGGACAUUUUGCGGACCACGGGCUACACAAACAAGGAGAUGGCCGAAUAUAAAGCAGAGAUGCAAAAAGAAGCAAAGCAGCAGACGUCUCUUAUAGAGUGGUGCGAGGUGAAAGUGGGCGUAUCCCCGCCAGAGUGUCGGAAGAACCGGCAGUCCGCCAGCGUCCCGCAGGAGGCUGACCUGCUGGACAGCGGAGGGGACAGUGUCUUCAGCCAGAUGAGUGAGAAAGACGUGACCUCGCUGGAACCAUGGCUGCUGAAGGAAAUGGACGCUUGCAUCUCGAGCAUCUUUCUGCAGCAGGAUGCUGAUGCCUUUGUGCAGCUUUUUAACCUGAUUGUCAACGAGAACAUCAGUGUGGACUACAGGCACAGCGAAACGAGCGCCACGCCCCUGAUGGUGGCUGCAGGGAGAGGCUUCAUCAGCCAGAUGGAGCAGCUCCUCAGCAUGGGGGCCAACGUGCAUGUUAAAGCUUCUAAUGGCUGGACCGCUCUUGACUGGGCCAAACACUUCAACCAGACCGAAGCAGUAGAUCUGCUAGAGUCACACAUCUCGUCUGUGGAGGCAGGUCAGCUGGACGAGUCGUCCCUGGUGCAGUCAGCCAGCGGAGAGCUCAGCGCUCAGGACAAGGAGCUGCUCAAGGCUUACCACCACAGCUUUGAUGAUGAGAAGGUGGACCUGGACCUCAUCAUGCACCUGCUCUUCAACAUCUGUCAGAGCUCUGAUGAAGGUGAGGGUGCAGUCUUGAUAUUUCUGCCAGGAUACGAUGAGAUAGUUGGACUGCGAGACCGCAUUCUUUUCGACGAUAAAAGAUUUGCAGAUCAUCAGCAUAGGUACCAGGUGUUCAUGCUGCACUCCAACAUGCAGACCUCGGAUCAGAGGAAAGUUCUGAAACCAGCUCCGGGCGGGGUUCGCAAAAUUAUUCUCUCGACCAACAUUGCUGAAACGAGCAUCACCGUCAACGAUGUUGUCUUUGUAAUCGACUCUGGCAAGGUUAAAGAGAAAGCUUUCGAUGCCCUGAAUCAUGUGACCAUGCUCAAGAUGGUGUGGAUAUCGAAAGCAAGCGCACUACAGCGUAAAGGAAGAGCUGGACGGUGCAGGCCGGGAAUCUGUUUCCAUCUGUUCAGCCGGCUGCGCUUCAAUAACAUGCUGGAGUUUCAGGUUCCUCAGCUGCUGCGUAUGCCUCUGCAGGAACUCUGUCUUCACACUAAAAUUUUGGCACCCAUUACCUGCUCCAUCGCAGAGUUCCUUUCCAAAGCCCCGGAGCCACCACACCUGCUCACUGUGAAGAACGCUGUACAGAUGCUCAAGACCAUAGAUGCCAUGGACCCUUGGGAGGACCUGACCGAGCUGGGCUACCAUCUGGCCGACCUGCCCGUGGAGCCACACCUGGGCAAGAUGGUGCUAUGUGCAGUAGUGCUCAAGUGCCUGGACCCGAUCCUCACCAUCGCCUGCAUGCUGUCCUACAGGGAACCGUUUGUACUACCGGCUCAGGCUUCACAAAAACGAGCCGCCAUGCUGUGCAGGAGAUGCUUCUCUGCGAACACCUUCAGCGAUCACAUGGCCUUGCUCCGGGCUUUUCAGGCAUGGCAGAAGGCCCGCAGUGACGGCUGGGAGAGGUCUUUCUGUGAGAAGAACUUCCUGUCACAGGCCACCAUGGAAAUCAUCAUCAAGAUGCGCACCCAGUUGCUGGGCCAGCUCCGUGCCAUAGGUUUUGUUCGCGCUCGGGGUUGCAGCGACAUCCGUGACGUCAAUCAGAACUCCGAGAACUGGGCGGUGGUGAAGGCGGCGCUCGUUGCAGGAAUGUACCCAAAGCUGAUCUGCGUAGACCGCGACAACCAAACGCUCCGAGGCGCCAAAGAGAAGAAGGUUCGCUUCCACCCUACGUCCAUCCUGAGCCAACCCCAAUACAAGAAGAUCCCUCCAGCUAACAGCCAAGCAGCAGCAGUUCAGGCUCUGCCUACAGACUGGUUGAUCUAUGACGAGAUGACACGAGCUCACCGGAUAGCCAGCGUGCGCUGCUGCACUGCGGUCACUCCGCUCACCGUGGCUGUGUUUGGAGGGGUUGCCAAACUGCCCAGCACGGCGCUUCAGGAACCUUCCACACCCCGAGUAGUAGACGAUGCUCUGUGUGAGAGCAGUGACAGCGACAGUGAGGCUCGCUCCACAGAUCAGCUGGCUCAGGUGAAGAUCGACGAGUGGCUUAACUUCAAAUUGGAUCAAGAGAUGGCGUCCAUGGUGUUCCAGCUGAGGCAGCGUUGGCAUAGCCUGUUCUUGAGGAGGAUCCGUUGCCCCUCUAAGCCCUGGUCCGAGCUGGACGAGGCGACGAUCCGGGCCGUGGUGUCUGUGCUGAGCUCCGAAGAGCAUGUGACCGGCCUGCAGCAGCCCACGGGUAUCGGCCAGAGACCAAAACCCUUAACUCCAGAUGAGCAUCAGCAUCAGUCAAACAGCUGGAGGAGUGGACAGAGGUGUGUCACGGAACAGAGCUACGAGGCUCCCACGCCAGACAGGUCUCCAAAAGUGCCAUCCGCUGUCUCUCAGUUUAAGAGCCAAAGAGAUAAAGGUGUCGUUUUUUCCAAACGUUCAGUUGAUGAUCAUCUCCCGGUAAAGUCAGACAGCCCCAGCUUAACCGGUCCCAGGACGAGUCCCUCGUCCACUUCCUCAACAAAAGGACCGGCCGUUCUUAUGUCACCUUUACCUGGGGUUUCCAAGUCGCCAUCGCUGAGACCCAGACCGUCAGUGCGUUACUUCAUCAUGAAGAGCAGCAACCUGAGGAACAUCGAGCUCUCCCAGCAGAGGGGCAUCUGGUCCACUACGCCAAACAACGAGCACAAACUGAACCGAGCCUUCCAGGAGACCGGCGCCAUCUUCCUUAUCUUCUCCGUGCAAGGCUCCGGACACUUCCAGGGUUAUGCUCGGAUGAGUUCGGAGAUCGGGUCCAAGCGCUGUAAGGAGUGGGGUGCUACCGGUCUGGGAGGAGUCUUCAGCGUGGAAUGGAUCCGUAAAGAGAGUCUCCCUUUCCAAGUCACUCACCAACUCCUCAACCCCUGGAACGACAACAAGAAAGUGCAGAUCAGCCGGGACGGACAGGAGCUGGAGCCUCAGGCUGGAGCACAGCUGUUGCAACUCUGGGAUCGCUUCCUCAACAAACGGCAGCACGAGCUGUGAAGAAGGAUGUCAACGCUACUGUGACCUUUGACCUCAUGCACCUCAUCAGUAAGCAAAACGACGCAUCACCGAGACCCGAAUAUUUCACCUCACUUCCUGUCUUUUCAUAAAUAUAAUGAAGGUGAUCCCGUUCAAAGCGGAAACCAUAGAUAUUCCACUGUUAGUGUUCAGUCCCAUCCCAAACAUCUGUUUACAUCCAUCCCAUAAUUAUCAGUGUUGGCAUUUUCGCGAGUAAUGGGGCCAGAUUUUUAUUUUUUUUAAAUUGCACUAUUUUCCUGUCUGUGCGAAUGUUCCUCUGCUGCCAGAUUUGCACAGACGGAUGAAAUGACACUAUGUUCAUGUUGUUGAGUUAUUCGUAUUAUAAUGUGAAUUCUACUUAAUCUGAAGAAACGGUCCUUCAUGUAAGAGUGAUUUAGUAUAAUAGAAAAUAUUCCCUCCAACUGUCUUUUACCUUCACCAGCUUUCUGAUUGAUAUACAAGUCGAGGAAAAGAAAGUUGAAUUUUUUCCCCCUUGGUCUUACGAGAGCUCUUAUUUGGUCAUUUUUAUGAUGUUCACUUAUUGGCUCGGUUUAUUUAGCUGACUUUAAAGUGUACGGUCAGCUAGGCUUCAUGUUCAUCGAUGCAUGGUUUUAUGUCAGAUUUGAAGUUAUUUAUGAAGUGAUCUCAUCUCUACAGACAAUAAACAAGUUCAUGGUUCAA